UGGAUGAGAUCGCGUGGAAUCACUUCGUCACGUUAGCACGUCAUAUCGCGCCCUGUCACCAUGGCAACCAAGCUUUGAGUCGAGAGACACCGAUGUUCACUUCGACUUGCUAGAGGUGCUGUUGCCUUCCGCUUCGCUUCGCUUCACUUCGCUUCGCUUCACUUCACUCUGAUGCUUUUACCACUAUGACCGUUUGAAACAUGGUGGAAGUAAGAAGCGAUAAAUCUGACGAAGGACGGGAGCUCCUAAAUCCAGCGCAGUCCAGGAAGAGAUCGGCAUCCGGAUGCGAUUCGGACUGCGCCCACGCUGACCCUUGUGCGCCGCGGAACGAGGAGCCACGAGCCGAGUCCGAGAAGCGCGCGCCCCUCGAUCUUACCCAAAAGCCCCACGCCAAAAAGCCUCGCCUGGAAGUGCCGAGUCAGGAGCAAAGCGAGGGCGAACCGGGCGGCAGGGGAGAUCUCCUACACCUGCUGACGUUCCCCAACAAGCUGUGGAGGGUUGUUCACUGCGACAAGUUCAAGUCCCUGAGGUGGGACAACGAAGGGGUCUACCUGGUCAUCGACGUAGACGUGUUUCACGGGGAGUUUCUCGAUGGUCCGCAACGGCCGCUCAUCUUCGACAUCAGCAGCUUGAAGGGCUUCCUACGCCUGCUCAACCUGUACGGCUUCAGGAAGGUGAAGUACGCGCAGGAAAGGUCCGCGUCCCUCAGUGCCUUUCUGGCCGAAGAAACGGAAUUGUCGAAAGGAAAUAAGCUGCUGUUCUUCUACAACCCCAGUUUCCAGAGGGGAUGUGAGCACCGUCUUCAGCACGUGGCGAGGCGAGCGCCCAUGAAAUCUGCCAGAAUGGAUGGAGAAGCAGACAAACUGGGCUCCAGCGUGAAGAGCAGCAGCAGCGAACAAAAGGAUGCGACAUGUUUGCAGGAAGGGGAUCAAGGAGCGCAAACGUAUAGCGGGCCCAAGUCUGAGGAGCCUCCGUCUCCUUCACCCCCCAACUCAGAGAGCAUGAGCUCAGCCUGGGGGAAUCAGGAAGCGGCGCAGAACCAGGAUAUCAAGAGCGAAGGCACGGAACCCGAGGCGGACCCUGGUAUUUUCUCUUUGCAUCUCUUGACCUGCGUCUCUAACUUGUCCAGGUCUCUCAUGCAGGUGAUUUCUGCCUUAAACGAGGCCACUAGUCAGCAGCCUCAGGAGGCCGCUGCUCUCAAUGAAGAGGCCCAGUUCCAGGCCAUGAUUUCUUCCUGGAUGUUCCUUUGUAACACCUGCUUCUCCCUUCCUUUGAUUACUGCCUUGUUCUUAAAGCCUAGAACCAUGAACUUCCCAUCGCAGUCCAACACGGACUCUUUCCAGGACUCCGAGGCCACUGGAUCUCCUGCACAACCUUGAAGAUGAAACAGUUUCUCCCGUUUUCCUCAUAUUUCCUUUCCUUAAAUCAAAAAAGUAUGGAUUUGGUUGUCAGUAAAGCAAACUUCCAGUAAAAUCCUGUUAUUUUAACUGGAGAAAAUACCACAUUUCACAUUUGUCUGUGUGAAAAGUUGUGCCCUGUAUUUACUUCUCUCUUUACUUCUCUUUUAUUGGCUGAAACAUACAAACAAAAGGGCAAAAUCCCUCAUCGCUCUGCUUUAUUUGGGACAAUAUAAUAGGUUUGCUGUAGUGAGGACGACACCGGAAGAGUGUAGUCGCAAUGGAACAUCCACAGUCCACACAUCCUCAUGAGAUGGUCCUCAUGGCGACCGGCGGUUCCCUCAGGCAGCAUGGGCUGAAGGGCUGGGUCAGGUGCUCUCUUCUGACACCAGACAACACAGCUGCUUUCUCCAGGUCCCGGAGAUCCUCCUCUGGGAUACUCUGGAGAGCUUCUCGAACCAGGUAUCCCCUACUUCCACGAGGUAGAAUGACACAGAUUGUCUUCUACUUCAACAUUCAUCCAUUCACGUGGCACUUUCCCCCAGCGUGACAAAGAACUCUGCAUCUCACAACCGCUGAAAUGACCUGUAGGAGCUACCAAAAACCUACCAACUUUUGAGUGGGACCUCCAAGCCUUGCGGUGGAGAAAUACGCUUGCUGGGUGUACGAAGUGAUCCAUUAUUGUAGGUAUUGUGGUGCACAUGCUUUGACAGCCAUGUAAGCCAUAACAUGAUUCUUGAACUUGAAAUGACAGAAUUGCCCAGUUAAAGUGUCUCCGGUAGUAGGUGUGUGGACACUCUGGGAAACGGGGGAUCUCGGUCUUGGAGACACUGAUUUCUAAAUGGGGAUCAGUCAUCCAAGCAGAGAUGUUCCAGAGACAAGCUGCUGGAAGAGAGGAUGUGUCUGUAGUGGCUGGAGGAAAAGCGAAGGGCUGAGAGUCGUUACUAUAGAAUGGAUAGGAGAAUGUGCGAGCAGCGAUGGCAGGGCUGAAAGAAGCAGUGUAGAUGAAAAGGAGUAAGGAGUUCAGCACCAAGCCCUGCAAAGCACCAGCUGAAAGACGCGUCAACCCACCCAGUGAGAUCUGCCCAGUAAGACUAUAUUUCAGUGGCCAUCCUUUCAAUCGAGGCUAGAGGGGAAAGUAGGGUUCAGAGUCUGACUGUGUCAGAUGGUGCUGGGAGGUUGUAGAGAUGAGGACCAAACCUACUUAUGACUGACUGACUGAAAGGCACCAUAGCUGCAGUUUCAUGACUAACAAGACAUGCAUCACAAAUGUGUGACUUGGGGUUGGAGCGAGACUUGAUGCUGCAAACCAGCCUUUAGAAGUGAAACACAAUACAGCCGUUGUGCCAUCAGACACCAGCCAAAUAAGCUAUUCCUUGUGACAAACUAAAAAGUUGCAUGAAAAAAAACAAAUGAAAAAUCAGCUAUUGCUCAGCGAGACUUGUCCCAUCCAGGGUGUACGCCCCCCUUACUCCUCAACAAAGAGAACCAAGGAAAGUCUUGAGUUGAUGCACAUUUUUUUUUAGCUCCAGUAUAAACGUAACUCAAUGUUGACUUCGUAAUUUUUAAACAUUUCAUUCUUUCAACAUUUUUGUUGGUGUAACUGCAUUUUCUCAUGUUC